GGAAAAGAGCAGCACUGCCAUGGCUUCUGCUGGAACUGCACUGUUUUCUUCUUCACCUUUCAGCCUGCGGGAUGGACAGGAGUGAGUAGCAGGUUCUGGCACCAACACUGGCUGAGCAGUGGACUCAGAAUGUCCAGGGUCAUCUGUCUUUUCCCCCUCGCCUUAACUCUGGUCACGGGUUCCAAACUGUGUCCUCAUCACUGCCUGUGUUAUGGUAACUCUGAGCUGGUGGACUGCCGAGCCCGCGGGUUCAUGCACAUCCCUCAUGGGAUCCCUCACCGUACCUGGCUCCUGGACCUCAGUGAGAACAAGCUGUCUCUGCUCCGGAGCUCCACAUUCACUGGGAUUUGGACUUUGCGCAUCCUUUUACUCCAGAACAGUGGCAUCCAGGUGCUUCAGUCUCAGGCUCUGUCAUCUCUGUCUUUUCUGGAGAAGCUGGAUCUGAGUCACAAUGACCUCCACUCUCUUACCCAGGACUUCUCUUAUGGCUUGACAGCCCUCAAGGACCUCCUGCUGGCUCACAAUUCCCUAGAGCGCCUCGAGACUCGCUCCUUCGCCCACCUGGAGAGCCUGGAGAAGCUGGACCUGAGUCACAACCACAUUCGGGUCAUCCAGUGCGGAGCGUUCCACGGCCUCACCAGCCUGAAGCAGCUCAACCUGGCCUGGAACCAGCUGCCCAUGCUCCACAGUGGAGUGCUGACCAUGCAGCAAAGGCUCAGUGUCCUCCUCCUGGGCCACAACAACAUCUCCAGUAUUGAUACAGAAGCCUUUACCCCCCUGCAGAGCCUCAGUCUGCUGGGCCUGGAGGCCAACCAGCUGGGGAACCUUAAAUUCAAGACAUUCCUGAACCUCCAGACGGCCAGCACACACCUGCAGCUGUCGGAGAACCCGUGGGUGUGUGACUGCGAGCUACACCGCGUCUUCAGCAAAAUCCUCCACGUUCGACGCCUCCACAUAGACGACUACUGGAACAUCACAUGCCACUUACCUCCACUGCUGGCUGGGGCGUCUCUGCCCUUGAUGGACAGCCAGCUGUGUAUCGCAGAGACAGCUACUGUUCUGGUCAUCACAGCGACCGUAAUGGUUACCGUCGUGGCAGCAAUAGUGAUGGCAGAACGGAACCGCAGGAAGAAGAAGCUCAACCUGGGAAAGCAAGGGAACGAGCCGGAGACUGGACACAACAGAUGAGACCAGUGAAACACAAAAACAGCUCAGAAAUGGACUGUGUGCACUCAGGAGCCCAGCGAGGAACUCUAAAGAACCUGACCACCAAUAGACCAACAACCAACACGAACAAGAUACACUGAUCAGGCAUAACAUUAUGACCACCUCCUUUUAUAUCAGCUCUGCUUUGUAGUUCUACAGUUAC